CCGUUUUUUCGAGUGGCCAUUGGCCAAGCGGAGCUGCAAGAUUUUAUCGCAAGUAAAAUUUUUAUUUCCCCUUAAUUACAUUCGAAAGGUGGCAAAGCGAACUCGUUUUUGCUGGCCAAGCUAAAUAAUAUUCUAUUGAGCCGCUCACACAUUCGUCCAGUUUGCUGUGAGCGCGGUGGGUGGAGAAAAACGCUGUGAAAGUCAACAAACCGCCCGCGGAGCCCUCGGCAUUUGUUGACAAACCACUAAAAAUUUUUCGCAACCAGUUAAUGAUGAAGUCGGAUAACUUCCGCCUCAUAGCCGAGGUGGCCAAGCGGCGGUGUCUGUGGGACACCAACAUGGCCAUGGCCUACCGCAACCAGGAGGCAGCCGCCCACUGGGCGAGUGUGGCGGAAAUAAUGCAGCAGGAUGUUGCCCGCUGCAAGAAGCGCUUCAAGGGAUUGCGGGACAGCUACCGGGCGGAGGUGCGCAAGAUCCAGCAGAAGCGCAUCCAAAUGUCCCACUGGACGUACUUCCGAUCGCUGGAGUUCAUGCGCCACCUCUUCGAUCCCGAGCGUCUGGUGCCCUUUCCGCCGGAGGCCUUUGAUUUGGAUGCCGAACAGCCGGAGGAUUGCGAUUCCACACGCCUGUUGGACUUUACCAUCGAUGUGGAUUUGGAUAAUGAUGACUCCGUGGACUUUGAGAUCAUCGGCGACAUAUUCAAGCGGGAAUCCUCGUUGCCGCAGGAUUCGGGCUCAGAUGGUGGGUCGCUGAUCAAACCCUUGGGCCCUGCCUAUCGAUCCGACCAGGAUCUCUCGCCCGGAUUGCAUUCGCCCAUUCGCUUGCCGCAAAAUAACACAAGCCAAUUCCUGCCACGACCACCGCCGCCCACGAAGAGGUAUCGUCGCCGGAAGACCUCGUCCUCGUACGAUGGCCCCAUUUCGAAUGGCCAUGCCAACAAGGCUGCGCCAAAUUCAGCCGCUGAAGCCGAAGUCCCCAAGAACGAUUCGGAUUACAGCUUUAUGCUUAGCAUGGUGCCGCAUUUGAAGUCGCUUUCAGACAUCAGCAAUCUGAAGUUUCGCAUGGAGAUGGCACGCGUUUUGGUGGAGCUCCGCAAGGAGGAUCAGCAGAUGCUGCAAGGUACAGCGGUUCCAGAAAGCACAGGCGGAGUAGGUGGAUUGCCGAGACUGACGCCCGCUCCCGAAUCCAGUUUCGCCUCUCAUCUAGAGGGUUCUAUCUAUCUAUCGAAUUCCAGUUACCAAAACGGUAGCCCGCAAUCCCCAUCCUCGUACGAUUACGUGGACAGCUCCAUGAUUGAGUGCGACGUCAAGAUUGAGAACGAACCGCUGCUUUGAGAAUCGUGUUUCCAACUUACUACCUAAUUAGCAACUAUCCAAAUUUAUAUUAUGAUUUUACUUUCACUAGCAAUCGGCCAAAUUUAUAUUAUGAUUUCUUGAUUUUACAUGGAAUAUUCUAAAGAAUUUCCCCUUCAAUUUAUAUCAGGCUUUUGUAUUGUUAUAAUUAUAUUUUAACCAUACUCAGUUUUGAGUAUGAUCUUGGUUUCCCAAGUUUUGUUUAUACUUUAUCAUAUAAAUACAUAAUAUUAGCUCAUUUUUUCACUUGUAUACACUUGCUAUUAAAACACUUCAUUUUGUAUUGGGUAAAAGUUGUAAAUCUAAUAAAAGUGUUCAGAUUUGUAACCUUUUAAA